UCACUGCACGAGCGUGCAAGGACGUGCGGCGUAGGACCAUGCUGCUGAGGCUGGUAGUAUACAUUGAGCCCAGUGAACGCACCUUUCUGCCCUAUAGUGGCAAACAGGAGACUUGAGGCUGACCGAGACGGGGGGCCUUUGUUGUUGCUCCAUUUCAUGCUCAUAUCAGUAUAAACAAGACAUGCAAAGGUCUUUCUGUAUACACUGCACACAGCCUAAAAUAUCUGCCCACAGCAAACUUCAUGUAAAAUAUGGCUCGCGGCGAGUUUCAUCAUUUCAAGUGUAGUGCACGCACCCAUAAUGAAGACCUUUCAACGGAUAGAAAUGCGGUCGGUGCAGGAAUCCACUAGGUGAGGAAGGCGCCAGCGGAAAAGGCUUCGCAGUCUCUCACGCGGAGGCAUGCAUGGCGAGGAGGGCGGCGGAUGGUUGAGACGCUGGUUCGGCCGUGUUCUUGGCACGGAUGCCGGAAGUGCUGCCGGGCCGUCGAGGGCGUCCCAAGCCCAUGGACCUGCGCAAGCAGCUCGCAGCGGAGCACGCGACGUGGGCGCAGCUAUUGGUGCAACAGCUGCAAACUUUGCAAACGCUGCGAAUGCUGCGCACGCUUCCACGGGCAGCCUGCGAUAUAAUCCCAUUGAGGUUGAACUGCAGGAGCCCCACCCCGUCGCCACCUGCAACGGCAACCCCAGCUCGCGCACCUACGUCGCCACCUGGUGUAGCAUCCCGGUACACCUGCACGUCCUCACCUUCGUAAAGCGGCCCAACCCCAUAGCGCCGCUGCCCGGACCCAACUCGCCACACCCGACCGUCGCAGCGGCGCUGGACGCGCCGCCGCCGGUGCAGGCAAACAUGGUCACGCAGCCCGACAUGAUCGCAAUUGCGACGGAGGUGGAGACGGCGCUGGUGCAGCUGAUUGCGGAGCCCAGCCCGCAGGUUCUGCCAGUGCUGGCCUGCGCAAAAGUCACGUGCCGCGCGCACAUCACCAGCCCCGGCGACGACCACGUGACCCAGCGCAUCCUGGCUGAGGUGCAUGUGGCCACGCCGCGCGUGCCGGGCCUGGUGCCGCUGUCGCAGUGGCUGCAGGAGCGCUGGCCUGCAUGUCGCGUGGAGGAGGAGGCUCCGGCGGCGGCGGGACAGGCCUUGGCGCAGGCGCCAUCGCACGGGCAGGGGCAGGGGGCGGCGCAGGGGCAAGCGCACAUUCAGGUUCAGGCGCAGGGGCCACAGCCGCGGCAGCAGCAGCAGCAGCAGCAACAGCAUGUGCAGCCGCCCCAAACGACUUCUGCAGCUGCAGCUGGUUCCAGCAGGGCGGCGACCGCAGCCGCAUCCCACGCCUCCGGCACCGCAACCCAUGCACAAGCGCACGCGCCUGCCGCUGCGAGGCCUCCACCGCCGACGCCCCUGCCCACCUCGCAGCGUCACCCGGCUGCUGUGCCCGCCCCGGCUGCCGCUGCCGCUACCCGCGGCCUGUCCUCCACCGCCUCCCACGCGGCUCGGGCGGAGUCGCCGCCGCAGUCCGUUGGGAAAGCAGCGCCGCAGCCGCGGUCAGUCGGUGGCGGCGACGGCAGCAGCCUGAAGGACGGGUCUGGAGCGCCCACCGCGUCGCGCCUGCCCACCGUUGCUGGCGGCAUCGCGUGCAUUGCGCCGGAGGCCGCCGCCGGCGCCGCCGUGGCGGCACAACGCGCCGGCGCCGGACUGCUAGGCAGCAGCGACAGCGCUGCCAGUGUUCCGGACCUAGGCCUGGCAGCCGGCGCUGUGCCGAGCGCCGCCAGCGGCGCUGCCGACACGCGACCUCAGCCAGUGGCCGAGGGCACUCAGCCGCAAAGCGAGGCUGCGGGCCACGGCAUUACGCGGGGGGUGGGCGCUUCCACGUCGGCAGGGUCUGGCGGUUUAACGCCGGGCCGGGGCCCUGGCGUGUGUCCUCCGGGACCGGGGCAGGGCUCCCAGCAGAGCGGUGCGGCGGCAUUCGGCUGCUUCGGCUGCUUUUCCGGCGGGCAAGGCCUCGGUCAUGACUCGGAUGGUUCCGGGCCUGUAGCGGUUGGGCCAGCGGGCUCGGGAGCAAAAAAUGCCGCAGCAGGUGUGCGCGCACUGGGGCCCGCAGGGCCGGCGAGGCCAGUGCCAGCGGGCGUGGCGGCUGGGCCGCUGGCGCCAUCCGGUCGCGCCGUGCUCCCGCCAGCCGUCUCCCGUCGGCUGCUUGCGCCCGCGGCCGACACCGGCAGCGGCACUGCCACAGGUGGCGGCGGCGCUGCCGCCGGCGGAUCGGGCGCGCGGCCGUAUGGUCGUGCCGCGCUGCCGCUGCCUCCGCCUCCGCCGCUGCAGCCGCUGCUGCCUGUGACGGAGGCUAUGGACGUGCUAAUUUGCCUGGCCGAGGUGCUGGGGGCCCUGCACCGCCGCGGCCUGACGCACGGCGCCGUCAGCCCCAAGACGGUGCAGCUGCAGGUGACGCCGCCGCCGCCCGACAUCCAGGCGCUGCUGAAGCGCCCCCAGCGCUCACGCGGCCGCGGCAACCGCCACGGCCGCGAGCAGGCGCCAGCGCAGCCGCAAUUGGCGUCCACACCGGAAGGGCAGGCGCAGGAGCAGCCGCAGGAUGCUGCGGCGGGGCAUGCGGUGGUGCAGCGGGCGGGCGCGGACACGAAGCAGCUGCAGCAGCGUGGAGGUGAAGCGGCCGGGGCAGGGCCGGCACCAGCGCAAGCAGUGGUUGGGAUGGCAGCAGCGGUGUCUGGCGCUGCGACAACGGACCCAGCACAAGCCCGACCUCCGGGGUCGGCAGAAGCGCUGGCGGGUGCUGUUGCCGCCGACGACAGCGGCGCCGGUGCGAUCCCACGCCAGGCCAGCACCGCUGAAAGCGUGGCCACGCCCACGGCCCACGCCACCGCCAGCAAGCCGGCCUUGAGCGCUGCUGCUGCAAUUCCUGCUGGUGCCGGCGGUCCCCUUUCGCCGACACUGCAAUUAACGCAGGUGGCACAGGGCAGCGGCCCCGCCAGCAGCGGCGGCCGCGGCUCCGUGGGCAGCAACGGCGCCGCAAAGCCGGCGGCCAGUCUGCACCGGCCGGCCAUGAUGGAGUCACUGGCGGAUCCCGCGAUGGCGGCGUUUCUAGAUUCCGGUUCCACGGACCCCAAGUCCCGCCAGACGCUAGCGCAGGUGGUGGCGGCGCUGGGCGGCGUCCCGAGGGCCAACCACCGCGGCGGCGCCGCUGCGGACGGCGCUGGCGCCGCCGACGGGGCUGUAGGCUCCAGCGCCGCCGCAGGCGGCAGCGGCAUGGGUGGUAGCAUGGGCGGGAGCGGACGGACGGCCAUGUCAGCGAGCGGCCCCAGCGGCACGGGGUCGGCGCUGACGACGCUGCUGCUGGGCUCGGCGGCCGUCAAGUCCAACGCAAGCGCUAGUGAGACGGUCAUGGUGACGGCGGCGCUGCCGUCCAUCAUGCUCGACUCGGCAGCGGCAGCCGCGGCGUCGGCGUCGUCGGCGCGCACGCAAACCGGCACAGGCGUGCUGAGCUCCUCCGAGGCCCCUGGGGCGAAGCAGGGACAGGCGUCGCCCACGCCGCCGUCUGGCAGUGUUGGCGCAGGCCGAGCCAGCGGCGCCUGUCGCCGCCGCUCCGCGGUCGCGUCACCUGACGCCGGCGGCGGCGGCGGUGGUGGCUCCGCUGCUGAGCGGGGCAUCGCCAGCGUUGGGGGCGAGCGCAAGGCAGAGGCCGGGGGUUCCACUGGCCGCGGCGAGUUAGAUAUGGAUGCGGAUGCUGACGACAAGUCCUCCACACAGUCACUGCAGCUGCGGCCCAUCGUGCCGCAGCCGCCGCCGGGCCAGAGCGCGUCGUCAGUAACGACGGCGUCGCUGGCGCGGCCGCCGCCGCAGCCGUCGGUGGCGCCGUCGCCACGGGAUACGCAGCAGUCCGGCCUGCCUUCCAUAGCGCAGUCCGCAUCCACGCCGCUUGGCUCCUCGCCGCACGCGUCGUCGGGCCUACCGCACUCGGGCCCCGACACCAUCUCGCAGCCCGGGACGUCAGGGCCGUCACAAGCGCUGUCGCUGCCGCAAUCCCACGGCACCACCGGCCUUGGCCGUACCACCGUGACCACGCCGCACGAGACGCCCACAGAAGGCGACGACACCCUUGGCAGCGCAGGUGCCGCCGCCGCCGUCGCGGCCGGCGCUGUGACAGCGGCCGACACUGGCACCGGCCGCCAACGGCCCGCCAAGCCGCGGCGCCUGGUCGCGAUGCUGACGCUGCCGGCGCUGGGGCCGGCGGUGCUGCAGAUGCUGACGUGGGGCCGCGCGCGGCCGGUGGGCCUGCCGCGGGACCACCUGCUGUGGUGCGCGCCCGAGCUGCUCAACACGGGCGCGCUGGGCUGGCCCAUCCUGCCGUUCAUGCCGCGGCGCAGCGGCAGCGGCAUCGCCGGCGCGGCCGGCGCCGGCGCCGGCGCCACCGGCCUGGACUUGCUGGGCCCUCUGGACCGCAGCAUGGGCACGAUGCGUAGCCACCGCAUGGGCGGCAGCGGGCACCGCGGCCGGGAGCGCGACAAGGGCGGUAACGUGCAGUUCAGCGGCUUCCUGUCGGGCCCGGGGCCGGGCGAUGGCAGCUACACGUACGGCGCGGGGCUGAACAGCAACAUGGGCGGCAACCGGCGCUUCCGGCUGGCGGCGGCGCUGCUGAUGGGGCACGACGCCAGCGGCGCCGCGUCCAGCAUGUACGGCGUCUCGCCGUCCUGCGAUGUCUACUCCGUGGGACUGCUGAUGUGGCACCUGGUGACAGGGCAGGUGCCCUUCGACCACCUGACCACACAGGAGGUGGUUCGCGCCAAGGAGAUGGGGUCGCUGGACGAGCAGCUGCCCUUCAGCCCCGAGCUGCCGCUCGCCUACAUCGCCCUGGCCCGCCGUUGCUGGAGCACCGCGCCCAUGCAACGACCCGCCAUGCGGUCCGUCCUGGCGGAGCUUCGGAGCCUGCGUUGCCAGCUGCUGGGGCAGUCGCAGCCCUACGAGUCGCCCAGCAGCGGCUUCGGGUUCGGCUUCGGGCUGGGCCUGGGGCGCAGCAGCAGUGUGGGCGACUUCACAGGCGACAGCCGUCUCAGCUUCACUCUGUCGCUUGCGCUCAGCAGUCGAGACUUCUCCGGCGAUGAGUACGCACUGGCCCGACCCCCCCUGGAGCUGGCCUUUGGAGCCGGCGUCAGCGCCCGCUCCGAGCACGGUGGCAGCGCUAGCAUUGGCGGCAGCGGCGGCCCACUGCCGCCGCCCCCGCUGCAGUCGGCGCUGCCGCCGGGCCUGCUCACAGCCCUAACGGCGCCGCGCACCGCCGCCGGCGGCAGCGGGGCCGGUGGCGGCCGCCGCGGCGGUGGCAGCGGUGCGUUCAUCGACGACGAGAGCGACCGCUUCACUGACACGGACCGUUUCACGGACCAGGCGGAGACGGAACAGAGUACGGUGCUGUCAUCGCCGCCGACGGCCGGCACACCGUCCGGCGGCAUCAUGCGCUCCGGCAGUGGCGCCGGCGGUGGCUCGCGCCGCAAUCUGCCGUCCGCAGCGUCGCUGACGUGCAGCUUCCGUAUGAUGCGCCGCGGUGGUGCCGGUAGCCAUACUGGCGGCCGCCGCACGACCGGCGGCGGCGGCGCAGCCGCCGCCGGCGACACGCAGUCAAGCCCGGUGGCGCAGGGGGCGCAGGCGGCCGCCGGGCAGCCAGUCGGCCCCGGUGGCGGCGGCAGCGGCGGCGUCUACGCGCCAGCCAGCGUCAGCACCAAGUCCCACAGCGGCGGCGUUGGCGGCGGCCGGACUAGCAGUGGCAUCUCGGCGGGACUCAUGGCUGGUUUCAGUCCUGGCGGCAGCGUGCGCGCCUCGGAUUCCAACUCCACCGCCGCCACGCCGCCGGGCGGGGGUGGCGGCGGCAGUGACCGGAGCAUCAACAGCACGACUGCCAUCGUGGCCGCCGCUGCCGGCUGCGCCGCCCACGCAGCGGUGCCGUUGGCGUUGGCGGCGUCCUCGAAUGCCGGCUGCGCCGGUGCGGGCAUCACGGUCGGCACGCUGGGUGCCGAGACGAGGCGGGGCGGGGCGGUGGCAGGUGGAGACGGAGGAGGAGGAGGAUCUGAUGCUAGCGGCGAGUCUUCUUUGGCGGCUCAGCCGGCAGCGGCUUCGGCCGGCAGCAACGUCGUUGCUGUUGCACAUUAACUCAGAGCCCAUAGUCGCACACAGUUGUUUGGUAUCACCAGGAGCGCCAGCAUGGUGCCGGUCACACCGUCCCGUAACUUUGGUGUGUGUCAUGUUUUCGAAAAGGCGCUGCGCUUGAUUUCAUUAAGAGUAACGUAACCUUUGGCGGAGACCGUAAACUGUUCCGUUCUGUGUUUGUUCUGUUGUCGGGUGCCCAGGUUCGGGCCGAUUUUGAUCGCAUGUGAAGCCUUGCAGUCUACAGGUACACAUGGCGCAGCAGCACAGCAAGCUCGCAGCUUUUUGCGGGGCCAGUUACAGCAAGUUGCUAUUGAUGGGGUGCAUUUGUUCGAUUGUGUCUGUGUUUCGGUCACAGCACGCUCCUGGAGGACGCGAGGCCUGUGCGGCCAGAGCCCUUGCUUUGUCCUAAUCUACUUCAUGGGCACGCAGACUGCAUGGGGUAGCGCCAGACUUGACAACGCCGUGCUGGAUGGGCCUGACAAACAUGGUUUGACUGGCCGUACGAAUCAGGGGAGGUACCUCUCCUGGUACGGAUUGGCUUGGUUGCGCCUGAAGACUUGGUGGUGGUGUGCAGUUGGCAUCCUAUCUCGCUGGCGGCCGGUAGAGGAUUUGGAGGAUUGCCACGCAGGGUUACUGCACACGUAAUGCCGGUGCAGGUACGAUACAUCCGGGAAGCCCGGUCGGCUGGACAGUGACAGUCCGCUGGCGUGGAUAAGCUGUAAGGCACCACAACGACUGUCCCUUCUUGUUGUGUUGCCAUUCAUAACGGCACUGGAGGGAAGUUGGGAACUGCCGAGUGCUAUGCAGUUGGGCGGGGGCCAAUGCCCGUGUGUGCGGCUGUGGCAAUGGGGUGGACCGAUGAGGGAGUAGGUGUGCGAUGGGACAGUGUUAAGGCAGGUUGGUGAAGUCCCGUAGGGUGCAGCUGAUUCCCAAAACCCAGCAGAUGACAAACGAUUUGCAACGGCAGGGCAGGAGUGCGCGGCUGCUCGAACGCCGGAGUUACUGUAUCGACAAGUUGCUGGCUGGCUGCAAGUUUGCUGACGCGCAUUCCUCACGCUCCGGGCGCCCGGCCAGGCGAUAGCACCACACAGACACACCGCAACGCCACACUCGCGAGGCAGAGCCGCAGGGAGUAGGUGCGGUGGCAAUGUCAACUGGUACCAGACGCCAUCCCAACGCAUUCUUGCGUGACAGUGGUGGCCUGGCGGGGAAAUGGCGGCCAAGAAAGUGGUUUUCCCUCUCAAGGGAGAAGUGGGCUGCGCCCACGCCACGUCACGUCUGCAUCAUUUAUCGACCUGCUCCGCUCCCCCCUCGCUUUCAUCCGAAGUUCCCCCGGACCGUUCCUGGCUACCGUCCCUGAGGUCCAGAGCAGAUGUCGCUCGUGACUCGCGUCAGCAAGUCCCUCUUGUAACCAAUGCAAUCU